AGGAAAAGAGGAGGAUGCAGUUUUUGGAAUGAAGGAGGAGGAGAUGACUGUCACAGUGAAAGAAGAGGAAGACGUUUUUGGAGUUAAGGAGGAAGGGGAGAUUACUGUCACAUUGGAGGAGGAAGAAGAAGAACAGAAGACUGGAGAUCUGAUUAACACCAGUAAAUACAGAGAGAGACCAGACUCUCACUCUGACACCAGUAAGAGUCCUUCAGGGGAACCAGACCCAGAGACUCCCAAACCAGUGAGACGCCACCACUGCUCCCAGUGUGGAAAGAGUUUUUCACGAACUCAUGAACUAAUAUUACAUGAAAGGACACACACAGGGGAAAAACCACACAAUUGCUCCCAGUGUGGAAAGAGUUUUGCCCAGUUAGGGAACCUGAAAAAACAUAAGAGAAUACACUCUGGAGAGAAGCCUUACCCAUGUUCCCAUUGUGGAAAAUAUUUUAGGUUGUCAGAACACUUAAAAUCACAUGAGAGGACACACACAGGGGAAAAAACACACAGUUGCUCCCAGUGUGGAAAGAGUUUUUCCCAUUUAGGGAACCUAAAAAAACAUAAGAGAAUACACUCUGGAGAGAAGCCUUACCCCUGUUCCCAUUGUGGAAAGAAUUUUAGGUUAUUACAAAACUUAAAAUCACAUGAGAGGACACACACAGGGGAAAAACCACACAAUUGCAUCCAGUGUGGAAAGAGUUUUUCCCAUUUAGGGAACUUGAACAAACAUAAGAAAAUACACUCUGGAGAGAAGCCUUACUGCUGUUCCCAAUGUGGAAAGAAUUUUGCUUUGUCAGAAAGCUUAAAAUCACAUGAGAGGACACACACAGGGGAAAAACCACACAAUUGCUCCCAGUGUGGAAAGAGUUUUUCCCAUUCAGCGACCCUCAAUCAACAUAAGAGAAUACACUCAGGAGAGAAGCCUUACCACUGUUCCCAAUGUGGAAAGAAUUUUGCGUUGUCAGAUAACCUGAAGGAGCACGAGAGGACACACACAGGAGAAAAGCCUUACCAAUGCUCCCAGUGCGGAAAGAGAUUUUCAAGAUCAUCAGACCUUAAAAAGCAUGAGAGGACACACACAGGAGAAAAGCCUUACCACUGCUCCCAGUGUGGAAAGAGUUUUACUGACUUAGAUAGCCUGAACAUACACAAGAUAAUACACUCUAAAGAGAAACCUUACCAUUGUUCCCAGUGUGGAAAGAGUUUUAGCAAGCUAGGGAACCUGAAAAGGCAUGUGGACAUACACACACAGGGGAGGAUAAGCUCACAGUUUGGAAAGAGUUUUAUCUCCAAGCUAAAGGAAGAAGAGGAGGAGGAGGGGGAAGAAGAGGAGGAGGAGGAGGGGGAGGAAGAGGAGGAGACGGAAGAUCUGAUUAACAACAGUAAGUAA